AUGAUGUCAUUAGAGCACCUGGCCUGUGGUUGGCUGCAGCAGCUGCUCAUUGUGCUUUUAAAGCUUUGCCUCACUUUUGCUGGGCCUCUGCAACCGCUCAAUGGGACUGACUGCACAGCCAAGGGUCCUGCCUCCUACAUACUGGUCUUUACUGGUCACUGGAGCCCACAGGCCUUCCCAAAGCAGUAUCCCCUCUUCCGGCCCCCUGCACAGUGGUCCAAAUUCAUAGCGGUGAGCCAUAAUCGACAUUUUCGGCUUUGGGAGGAAGGAGCUGCAGCCAGUGUAGGGGUGCAGAACUUUGCUGAAAUUGGGGUGACAGUGGAGCUAAUGAAGGCAGCCAAAGAGGCAAGAAAGAGACGCACUGUUGGAGCCAUGUACCGAACAGCUGGUAUCCCUAAUGGUAUUGGGCACAGCUCCACUGAGUUGCUCAUGCAGCCCCGGAGCUCACUGCUGUCUCUGAUGGUGAAGAUGAUCCCCAGCCCUGACUGGUUCGUUGGUGUGGACAGUGUCAACCUUUGCGAGGGCAGCCAGUGGAAACAGGAAGUGACCAUUGACCUCCAGCCUUAUGACGCGGGGACAGAUAGUGGAUUCACUUUCUCCUCUCCCAACUUCCCCACGAACCCCCAAGAAAACAUCACAAAGAUCACGUCUCAGAUGCCGAACCACCCGGCCAACUCCUUCUACUACCCAAGACUAAAGGAGCUUCCACCAAUCGCCAGCAUAAAGCUUAUGCGCCAGAGCAGAUCACCCGACCGUCAAACCUCCAUGUCCAAUCAUAUUCUGCCAAACUCUAUCAAUCCUCAGUAUUUCUCAGAAACACCACUGGACUGUGAGGUGUCUCUCUGGUCAUCCUGGGGUUUGUGUCUGGGUCCCUGCUCCAAAGGUGGUGUUCGCCACCGCACACGCUACAUUCUCUUGCGGCCAGCCAACGCUGGUGUCCCCUGCCCUGAGCUGGAGGAACAGAUUGAAUGCGUACCACACAGCUGUAUGAAACUCCAGUAG